AGUUCUUUACAUGCUUGGAACACAAUGCACAAAGAGAAAGGUGGAAAAGGUGGUACAAUAAUAAAUGUUAGCUCAGUGGUGGCUCUAACAAAAAUUGUGAAUGUUCCAAUAUAUAGCGCUACAAAAUCUGGCGUACUAAAAUUCAGCACUUCAUUAGGCAAUCAUUUGCACUAUUCGCGUAGUGGGGUGCGAAUUAUAUGUAUUUGUUUUGGUGUUACAAAUACGCCUCUAUUGAGAAAUUUGCAUAAUGUAUUUGACACGAGUGCAGAACCAUUAUUAGCUAAAGAAAUGAAGAAGUUUAGGACACAAAGUGUUGAAUCAGCAGCGAAAGCAGUGAUAGAAACGUACAAACAAGGAGCCAGUGGCAGUGUCUGGAUAUCUACCAGCGAUAAGCCAGCUAUGGAUGUCACCAAUACUUACGAUAAAAGCGUUCAAAUGUUUGAUGAUUAUGUUUAUAAUUAAAAUUAUAUCAUAUUAUUAUCAUUUGUUUUUAAAAACAAAUUAUCAUUUGUUUGUACAUACAACAUAAGUUAAUUUGAAUAAGUUACGCAAU